AUGAAUAGGCCCGGGGGUGGGAGGGUGGACUCCGAGGCCCAUGGGCUCCGCCACCCCACGGAGGCCAACUGCCGGCCCCCUCGCCUGGGAGCGACUGUUGGGCCCCGAGGCCAGGUCUGCAGCGCCAGCGGGAACUCCUUGUGGGCCGUGAAGAAAGUCCCCCGGAAGGCCACCCACAGCGACUCAGCGGCCCAGGGGCCCAGAUGCGCAGGGAGCAGCUCGCUGAGUCAAGUGGAUGAGUGCGACCGGAGGAUGAUCGGGAGCUCCUCCGGGCUGUUCGCGGCCUCCCUGGGCAACCUGGAAUGGCUGCGGAUGUGUCAAAAUGAGGACUGCGGAGAAAUCCGACUGGAUGACAAGGGUUUCACUGUCAUCCACUUUGCAGCCCAGAGCGGCAGGCUUGCAUGCCUGCAGGUCUUGGUAGAGGAGUACAAGUUUCCCGUGGACCUGCCCACCAACAGUGGCCAGACACCCCUGUACCCUGUCAUCCACCGUAACGACGAGGCCAUGGCCCUCCCCUGCAUUCACUAUCUGAUCACGCAAGGGGCGGCCCUCAAUACUCAGACAUGCGACGGCUCCACACCCCUGCGCCUGGCAGCCCGCCAGGGCCUGCUGAGCUGCCUGAAGCAACUGGUACAGGAUGGCACCAAUGUCCACGCCCCAGACGCCAUGGGCUGCAAGCCCAUGGACUACUGCAAAAUAUGGAACCACCGCGACUAUAUCCGGUUCUUGAAGGAUGCCAUGUGGAAAAAGGACAAGAAAGAUGUCUGUGAGAUGGGGAAACUGAAGAGUCUCAAGGACCAGCUGGCCCUCAUGAAGCAGGACUUCCUGGCUGAGGAUCAAAAAAAGAAGCAAAUUUUGAGAGAAGCUAAUUUCGAGAAGUGGCUCCUUUGCAAGCAGCAGCCGCAAGGCCAAUCCCUGGUCCACAACACUCAGCAAGAGCCCCAUACCCCACCCCAGGCCAUCGCCCUCUCCAAGACCCCCACGCGCGGGGACCCCCAGGGCUUCCACCUCUCCCGGAAGGAACGCCUGAUACAGAUGGGGCCCAAGCCGCCCUCAGUGACGCCUGCUGCCAUCAGCAAGCAGCUCACUGGCAGGCGGCCCAAGGUGUGGAAUCCCAGCAACAAACUUACAAGGCCCCCCACCACCCAGAUCGGCUACCUACCGGGCAUCCGCCUGGGUGUGCAUCCCGACCCCAGCCCUGAGCACGACUUCAGCAACUUCCUAAAGGUGAGGGCCGAUGCUGGUGGUGUGAGCCUGCCCACCGUGUCUGGCCUCCAGGUGGCGUCCGUGCCUCGGCUGCCUUCAGAGGUGAUCAUCCGUGAGCUGUUCCCUUCUGUGCAGCCACACAGGAUGAAGGUGCCCCAGGACUUUUCCUCUGUCACCUUGAGAGACAUCCCCCGGAAGCGGCGCUUGGGUCCAGAAGGUGGUGACGGCACCUUGUGGACUGACACUGUGACUAUGUGCCUGCGAGAGACUGACGGAUCCUUCCUGGCAGCUGUGCGAGCCCAUCAAGGGCUCCCCACUCUGCCCUCCCCCAGACCACCUCCCACUUACACUUAUUUCGCUCUGCUGGAAUGCAGUCUCCCUUUCCUGAAGCCAGCAAACCUGACUUUGUUGGACUUGGGGUUUGUGCUCAUGGCCUUUGGCUGA